GAGUCGAGUUGAGUGUGCGGCGGAGAACGGGGAGGCAUAAAGCAGGAGCGCUUCAAACGAGCGGCCCCAGAAGAGCCCGUAGCAAAGCUGUUCCCGGCGUUCAGUGACAACGCUGAGCGGCUGAAACUUUGCUGAGCGAACAGCCGGCGGGAGCCUCGUUAACGCUCGGCCGCUCCUGGCAACGAAGUGACUUCGGGAUUCGCCCUGCUCCCGCGCCCUCCGCCAGACCGAGGGGAGAACUUGCCUGGUCAACCACCCCUGGCUGCUGAGUGGACUCUUCUGGACCCCGAAGAGACGGGAGCGAACGGGGCGGUUCUGACAACUUUUCGGACCGAGCCCAGCCGGCGAGCGGGAAAGCUUUUGACAGCCCCUCCGGAGACGCGGCAGAGGACUCCAACAAGUGUGUUUGAAGCUCGCCAACGCUCCGGCAACAAGGGCGCUCCCACGAGGAGGGGACUCGCAGUGGGGGAGCAGCCAAAGUUCCUGGACUUGUGAGUCGUGCCCAGAUCGACAAGGGGCAGCUCUCAGGGGCUGAAAAGUUUCCCAAGUCCGGGAUUCCUCGGUGGAGAGAGAAAUCCCACCAUUCAAGAAGAGGACUUUCUGUCGUUUGCGCUCAAGAUUCUGGAACUGAUGCUUGUCCCGAGCUGUUUGAGCUGAAAAAGCGCCUGCUUGACAAAUCCAGCCCUCCCCCUCUGCUGAAGGGGGGCAAGAUAAAACGAAGAGCCAACCCAAUGCCUUGUGGCUAAAAAGUAAGACUUUUUAGACUUAGUCACUCCUCUUUUUCGGAAGGACUCUUUCAUUGUUGAGUUUCUUUUAAUCGCGAUAGGGGGUGAACUCUUGCGGCCAGACUCGGGGUUUUUUUUUCCAAGUGGAGGCGAUUAGAAAAGGUUCCUUUCCUUGGUCCGUUCUUGGUUGUAAGAGAACCUACUCGUGGACUGUAUUCUAUGACUGCAAAGAUGGAACCUACUUUUUAUGAUGAUGCCAUAAAUGCUACCUUUGUACAGCCGGAAAGUGGUACUUAUGGAUAUAACAAUCCCAAAGUUCUGAAGCAGAGUAUGACUCUGAAUCUGGCUGACCCUGCCAGCAACCUCAAGCCCCACCUGAGGAACAAGAAUGCUGACAUCCUAACCUCCCCAGAUGUAGGCCUCCUCAAGCUGGCGUCUCCAGAACUAGAAAGGCUGAUCAUCCAGUCUGGCAAUGGCCUGAUCACCACCACUCCUACCCCGACCCAAUUCCUCUGUCCCAAAAAUGUCACCGAUGAGCAAGAAGGGUUUGCAGAAGGCUUUGUCAGGGCACUUGCAGAACUACACAACCAAAACACCAUGCCAAGUGUUACUUCUGCUGCCCAGCCUGUUAACACCGGCAUGGCCCCUGUCUCAUCAAUGGCUGGAAACAGUGGCUUCACUGCUAGUUUGCACAGUGAGCCUCCAGUCUAUGCCAACCUCAGCAAUUUCAAUCCAAAUACCCUCAGUGCAGCACCUAACUACAAUGCAAACAACCUGGGCUAUCCUCCUCAGCACCUAAACCCCCAGAUGCCAGUGCAGCAUCCCCGCCUUCAAGCGCUGAAAGAAGAACCUCAGACCGUCCCUGAGAUGCCUGGGGAGACUCCUCCCUUGUCCCCUAUUGACAUGGAAUCCCAGGAGAGGAUCAAGGCAGAGAGGAAGCGCAUGAGAAACCGAAUUGCAGCCUCCAAGUGUCGGAAAAGGAAAUUGGAACGGAUUGCCAGGUUGGAAGAAAAAGUGAAAACUUUGAAAGCGCAAAACUCGGAACUGGCAUCUACUGCCAAUAUGCUGCGAGAGCAGGUUGCUCAGCUGAAGCAGAAAGUCAUGAAUCAUGUCAACAGUGGGUGCCAGCUAAUGUUAACACAGCAGUUGCAAACUUUUUGAAGAGACUAACAGUAACUGUAUGUGGUAGGGAGAAAUUAAGCAAAAGAGAGAGAGAUUGGGGGAGGUGGAAAGCUCUCUGGAGGGGGGGGAGAAAAUGUUACAAGGCAUUGAUUCCUGAGGGUGCUUCCCCAAAAGCAUGUGUGGAGAGACUUUGAUGCCAUUUGUUCUGAGGUGGUGGCAAACCAGUCAACAGUGCUGUUCCUGCUCCGAUGUGGCACAAGAGAAUUUUUUUAGCAUUGACCAAGACCUGCAUGGACCUAACAUUCAAUGAUCAUUCAGUAUUAAAGGUUAAACUGCAGUAGACACUGUAGAUUGCUUUCGCUAGUACUCCUUUUAAGAAAAAGUUGGGGAGGGAGUUUGUGGGAAGCUAACAACAGAAGCUGAACUAUACUGCCUGCCUUCAAGUCAAGUUGUGUAUGUAUAUAUCUUUUUUU